GCCGUUUAUCAUACCUACGCAACGAAACUGGUGUCGGAUGAUAUUGUUGUGAUACCGCAACAACGUGCACGCGAACUGACGACGAGACCGGAAUUAGUGCGUGGGUUUAUCUCAAGUCUGUGAUUAUACUUUCAACGAUUUUUUUUUCUCGCUUGUGAAACGAUUUACACUCAUACAAUAUGUAUGUUUUAUAAUUAUAAUUAUAAAGUCGAAUGCUGCGAACUUGUUAUAAGUGGUGCCUGUUCUGUACAGGUAUAUAGUUGGAGUUGAAAGAUUAUAUAUGUGAAAACUUUUACCUACGUGCAAUGGUGGAAAUUACGUUAUUACCACAGUGUUGAAGUAUCCUCGUUUAGGUAUACUCAGUGCCUUUAAAAGUGAUAUAUCUCUGUCAUAAUUAUUGUUAAAGGUGAAUUAUUCGUCGUAUUGGAGUAUAAUCGUACAAGUUCAUUGCCUGUCACCGUAGUGCAACGGUGGAGAGAGAUUCCACUGCAGAGACGAUUAUUUAACUCGGGUCAGUUUAAAUCGUUUCUUAUAUAGUUAAACCGAGCAAGGCUUGGAUAAAAAUAACAUGUAAAUCUGGCACACAGAGUUCUAGCUCAAAGGUGCCGAAAAGGAAAAUUUUGCACUUUUGGUGAGAGCGGUGUAUACAUAUAAUACAUGUAUAUAAUACAGUGAAGCGAGUGACUGUCGAAGAGAAUACACAUCUCGACGAAGCAUGCAACAGCAACAUGAACAACAGCACGAAGUUGCUGCGGACUGUUGCUAUCAACAGUGGGCGACCCACCACCACCACCAUCAUCAUCAUCAUCAGCAGCAUCAACAUCAGCAGCAGCAGCAGCAGCAGCAACACCACCACCAUCAACAUCAGCACCAUCAUUCGCAGCUGCCGCCGGUACCGUCGCCGAUGCAACAAAUGGAAGCGUGUCUGCAAACCGCCGGAAGAGUGAAACGCUCCCGUAGUCCAACGUUGGAAACCACGCUGGCCCAGGCAUCCUCGGCAAUAUCACCGUCCUCGUCGAUCGAGUCCUCGCGAAACGACAACAACAACAACAACAACGACACCCCGACGACGAACACACCGUCCGACGAAGCACCCCCGAAGAGGCCCCUGCAUCCGGCCCUUUCGGCCGUCGGAAUCGCCCUCGAGGCUCGCCCGCUUUGGGAGGAGUUUCACCAGCUCGGGACCGAGAUGAUCGUGACCAAAGCCGGCCGCAGGAUGUUCCCCACGUUCCAGUGUCGAAUUUUCGGGCUGGAUCCAAACACCGACUACCUAUUGGUCAUGGACUUUGUACCCUGCGACGACAAGAGGUACAGAUACGCCUUCCACAGCAGCGCCUGGGUGGUAGCUGGACGAGCUGACCCCGUUUCACCCCCCAGAAUCCACGUUCAUCCCGACAGUCCGGCGAGCGGUGCUCACUGGAUGAAGCAGCCCGUGUCUUUCGACAAACUCAAACUCACCAACAACCAGCUGGACGACAACGGCCACAUAAUUUUAAAUUCCAUGCACCGUUACCAGCCCCGAUGCCACGUGGUUGUGGCCCCAUCACCCCCGGGUUCGGCGCCGGAUCCACGAACGGAGAACUUCAAAACGUUCACGUUCCCGGAGACGAGGUUCACGGCGGUUACAGCCUACCAGAACCACCGAAUAACGCAGCUGAAAAUCGCGAGCAAUCCGUUCGCCAAGGGGUUCAGAGACUGCGAACCCGACGAGUGCGAGUCCCCGACUUCCGGUUCCCAGAGCGUCCAGAACCCCGCGAAAAGGCCGGCGACCGGUUCCGGCAACGUAUUGCCGAGCUACGCUUCCGUGCCCGCGGUUCCGAUCGCCUCGACCAUCUCAGCGGGGAUUUCCGGUAUCCCGAAUCCCGAACACCAGUUUUACGGUGCGAGUCCCAGUCACUGGGGUUACCCUGGACAUCAGGCGGCACACAUGACGUCGCCUCAUCACUACCCGACCCAUCCUCAUCACGCACAUCCCGGAUCGCAUACGUCGUCUUUGUACGGACCACGGUAGCCCCGCGGGUCAUUUGAGGACUCGUUUAAUUUUAUCGUUUCAGGUUUACAUUGGAUUAUAUACAUUCAAUUACGCUCCAGCAGUUCCUGAGAAACAACGAUCACACUCCGGAUAUCGUUAUCAUACUUUUGUAUAUGUAUAUAGUCGUUGAUCGGUGCCAAAGCUAAACUGCACUCGUAUUAGAUACGUACACAUUUAGAUAGUUAUAUAUAUAUAGGAUAUAAUAGAGGUUUCGAGGAGUUUAGAAAUAUUAUUUUAUCAAAUACAUACCAUGAGGUAAUAGGUCAGAUUAUUAUUAUUAUUAUUAUUAUUAUUAUUCUUAUUCUUAUGCAGUUUAUAAUAGUAAAUUAUUGAAAACGCUUGAUAAACGUAACGUCUGUACAUGUAUAGUGAUAUAACGCCAAAGUAAAUUAGUACCUAUUAUACAUAUACGUUAUAUAGCUAUAAUAUAAGUAUAAAAACGAAAAAUGUAUAUUCAUGUAUUUUUGAAAUUGUACCGCGGAAAAAUCGGAUCACAUCUCUGAUUUAUUGUUUCUUAUAUCAUUCUUUUUUUCUUUCACGUAUUUAAGCGCACGGAGGACCGUUGAAAAUAUUAAUUCCGGUAUAAAACUGAGUAAAACGUGCGGUUGUAUAAGCCAGUUCGUUAUACCUAAAAUAUAUGUUCACAAAGUGUACCUUGUGGAGACAAAGUGUCUAUUUAAAAAAGUAAAUAUAUGUAUACAUAUAUACAGAGAGAUUAUAUGUGUACACAUACAUGUCCUAUACCAGCAUGUAUAGGGAUCUCAAACGCCCCGUGACACCCUUGGCUUUGCCUAAACUUGAGCUUGACGGUUGAGUUGAGAGUUGAGACUAUACCUUAAGUGCCCUAAUAAAUUAUACUCAAGUAUUGUACCAUUAGAGUUUAACUUAGACUCCAAGAGGACUAAUAAGAACGCGAACCGAACUUUCUACAUUAUACAAUAUGUUAUAUGACAAAGAAUGAAAAAAAAUAUAUAUAUAUAUAUAUACAU